ACCAUUGUCCUACUGCUCAAUGCAUACAUAGCACACCCAAAUACUCGUUGGUGGCUAAGAUGGCAGCUCCAACACGCCAGAAGGUAGUUAUAGUCGGCGCCGGUCCAGUCGGAUCGUUGGCCGCGCUCUAUGCAGCCUCCCGGGGCGACGAUGUCGAGGUUUAUGAACUUCGAGCUGAUCUACGUGAUCCGGCGACGGUCCCCCUGAACUUCACCAAAUCGAUCAACUUGGCUCUCUCCGAACGAGGCAUUCACUCCAUGCAUCUUUCCGGCCGCAAGAACGUGGUAGAUGUGAUAAUGAGCCAGGCCAUUCCAAUGCAUGGUCGAAUGAUUCAUGGAAGAGAUUUGACAGGGAAGUUGUGGCAGGCCGCUCAAGCGUAUGAUGUUCAUGGACAAGCCAUCAACUCAAUUGACAGGGCAACACUGAAUAAUGCGCUUCUUGACGAACUCGAGAAAACACCCAACGUCAAAUUGUUCUUCAAUCACAAACUCACCGGAGCGGACUUUCAUGCGCGCAAAGCUUGGUUUGAGCGUCGCAUACCCGAAGACGAACAUAAAAUAGAUCAUACCCAUGCACCCGGCUCAGUGGACUUCGAUCGCGCACCAGAAGUUGAGGUGUCAUUUGACUUCCUCAUUGGUGCCGACGGCGCACAUUCUGCAUCAAGAUAUCAUAUGAUGAAAUACGCGCGAGUGGAUUAUCAACAGGAGUACAUUGAUGCGCUAUGGUGCGAGUUCCGGAUUGAGCCUACCGAAGAUAACGAUUUCCGAAUCUCUCCCAAUCACUUACACAUCUGGCCUGGUAAAGAGUUCAUGUUUAUUGCGCUGCCCUCACCGGAUAGAUCAUUCACAUGCACACUGUUUGCGCCUGCAGAUCACUAUGCUCGCCUUGGAAAUACCCCUGAAGCAUUGUGCAAGUCCUUCCAACAAUACUUCCCAGGAGUGUCCCCAGAGCUGAUCUCACCUGAAGAGCUAUAUCGACAAUUUACUCAUAAUCAACAUCUUCCACUUAUCAGUAUUAAAUGCAAGCCUCACCACUAUGAUGCCAGCGUCGUCAUCAUUGGUGAUGCAGCACAUGCUGUACUUCCAUUCUACGGACAGGGACUGAAUGCCGGAAUGGAAGAUGUCAGGGUGCUUUUCGAGAUUCUUGACUCGCACGGCGUAUACGACCCGUCACUCGAUACCAUCUCCAGAGACAAGGCGCGAAACGCGGCCUUUGAGGCAUACACCAAAACACGAGUAGCAGACGCAUACGCCAUCAACGACUUAUCCAAAGGCAACUUCAUCGAAAUGCGUGCCGGCGUUAACUCCCGCUGGUACAAGAUCCGCAAAUUCAUCGAAGAGAACCUGGACCGCUAUAUGCCGGAACUAGGCUGGCGAACACAAUACUCGCGAGUCAGUUUUAGUAAUAUGCGAUACUCGGAGAUUAUGAAAGCCGUUGAGAGACAGCGUCUUCUCUUGACUGCCAGUCUUGGUACGGCGGUUUUUGCGACUGUUGUCGCUGGUCUUGCGCUCGGAGGGACGAUUAUGUGGAAUCAUCCACGACAGUCUGGGAUACAUGGAUUAUUGAAAUACGUUGCACGAAGAAGAUGAUCGUAUGGAAUCGAUGCCGACGGCCUGAAUAGAACCGAAAAGCAAAAGCAAUAUAUCCCCACUAAUCUAAUCGAAAAAGAGGGGAUGGACCUGUCUACUAAUGGGUCCAGUCGAAGGUUCUGGUAUCCCAAAAUAGACGUACAUAGAUGGUGUGGUUGCAGGUUUCAAUCCACUAUGAAAAACUAAUAUGUAUAAUAUGAAUCUUAUAAAGAUCUUCUCCUCUUUUGGUUUCUAUUUGCAUGUGCACUUUGGAUGGGGAUAGGAUACUAUUGUCCUUCUGAAAAUAGAUGAAAAAAACGCUUUCCAUCAAGAAAAUGAACGAUAUAUGAUAUUUGGAUACAAUUUCAAGUAAAGAAAAAAGACACAUGACAAUGCUUACGAAAACACAACACGACGCAUAAAUAAGAACAUGCUAGACGGCCAUUACAUAUGAUCCCAUACACAAAUGUUGCACACAUAUAGAGAAAGGACUAGCCAAUUCUCUUCUCAAUCUUCUUCAAAAACCCAUUGACCUUACUAUCCAUCCUCCCCAGUCCAGCCUCAAUCUUAGUACCCCUCGACGACGACUUUGAGCUUUGAGAACCAGCUUUACCAUGUUUCGAGCCCUUCAGUUCGGCUUCUGUGGGGAUAUAGAUCUGGUUGUGAAUAUCGUAUUCGGUGUUUAGUUGACCGUAUUGAUGUUGCACAGGUUGUGCAUAGGAGUAAUUUGAGUAGCCUCCGUUUAAGAUAACGCGUUCAUCUUCGGGGGUGGAUGGGCUAUGAUUGUUGUUGCCGUUGUGGGAUUGUUGGAGGUAAUCUGCGUAUUGAGGAUGGGGGGCGUGGUGGGGUUGCGAGUCGAAGGAGUUUUGUGAGAAGAGAUGAGCAUUCGGAUUUUGGGGUGGUGGUGCAAAUGUCAUGCCGCCUGCUUGGGUGGGCGGUGGACCGGCCAAAGUUGUCGCGCUGUAGCUUGGUGGUCCCGUGAUGCCUUGUGACAUCGACAAUCCAGCGCUGGGAGGUGGGGAGCUAUAUCCGUAUCGUGCAAGAGUAAGAUUUGUGUACGCUUGCGGGUGUGAAAAGUUGCUCAAGCCUUGUGCAGGAGGGUAAUGUUGAGUUUCAUCUGCUACAGCAGCUGCAACAAGACCGGUUCCUUCUCCGGCAUCUUCAGGCGGAGGAGUCUUUU